UCCUUCCCUCCCCUCUCUCCAACUCUCUCGCAGUCUCUCUUGUAUUGCUGUGCUGUUUCUACAACUUCUCUGCGCCUUCAAUUACAUUGCUAUCCUGUGCCGACUGCCGAGUACAAGUCCAAAGAAGAGCAAAGAGGGGCAAUUAAUAAUGGAAUUGUUUCCAGAACCGUUAAGGAGAUUAUGGAACAAAUGGGAGCUGAGGACAUUGGUUCUUCUCAGCCUCUCCAUUCAAAUCUUCCUCAUACUCUUCGGAAGCAGCAGAAAGCGUACAGUGGCUAAAUUUGUUGCUGUCACUCUUUGGUUGGGCUAUUUAAUGGCGGAUUGGACUGCAACAUUAGCCCUGGGUGUCCUAGCUAACAGUCAAGGUGAUGAUUGUGAUGGCAAUUCAUCCAAAGAUCACCCUUCUGAUCUAAACCGUGCCCUUGUWGCUUUUUGGGCACCUUUCCUUCUUCUACAUCUGGGUGGACCUGACGCCAUAACUGCCUUCUCUCUAGAGGAUAAUGAACUCUGGUUAAGACAUUUGCUUGGACUUCUCUUCCAAGCUAUAGUUGCAGGUUAUGUCUUCAUCAGAUCAUUCCCAGAUAAAAAAGUGUGGAUUCCUGCAAUUCCAAUGUUUAUUGCUGGAAUCAUCAAGUACGUGGAGAGAACAUGGUCUCUUAUGCUUGCAAGCCGAGAAAAUUUCAGAGAGUCCAUGGUUACUGAACCAGAUCCAGGGCCCAACUAUGCCAAAUUCAUGGAGGAAUUCACAUCCAAGAAAAAUGCAGGACUAAAUGCAGAGAUAAUCUGGGAGAGAGAACCCGAUAUCCAGCUGCUUAAUUUUCAAGAUGAUAAUAGCCAUGAUAAUGGUAACAAGAAGGAUGUUGAGGUUGAUGUGGAGCUUCUAUCUGAUGCCUAUCGUUUCUUCAAGACAUUCAAGCGUCUUAUUGUAGAUCUCAUCCUGACAUUUCAUGAUAGAAACGAGAGCCAAUCCUACUUCCUGAAGCAAACUUGGUCCAGAGCUUACAAAGUUAUUGAGGUUGAGCUUGGUUAUUUGUACGAUGUGCUCUACACCAAGGCAGCUGUGAUCCAUACUCUCCAAGGCUGCAUUCUCCGCAUGUUUAGUCUUUCAUCCAUCCUUUCUGCUUUCUUGAUCUUCCCCUUCAUGGAGAAACACUGGUUCUCCAAGAUCGACAUAGCCAUCACCUACGUGUUGCUGGGAGGGGCAAUUGCUCUAGAGAUCUGGUCGCUCAUUCGAUUGCUUUUGUCAGAUUGGACCAUCGUUUGGAUGAAGCAGCACUCCAAAUCACUAUCCGACUUUCUUCUCAACGCUUCUUCCAUUUACAGAAAGCCUGAUAGAUCAAGAUGGUCUAAUUCAAUGGCGCAGUACAACCUUAUCAACUAUUGCCUCAGAGAAGAAAAGCACCCAAUUUUGAAAACAAUCUUGAAAUUCAUCAAAAUUGAAGACAUGGUUGACAAGUAUUGGUAUAGAACCUACAUAGAAGUCACCGAUGACCUUAAAAGGUUCAUCUUUGAUGACCUCAAUAGGAAGUUGCAUUCCAUUUCUUCCACAUCAUACAAGCAUUUUAGUACUUGCAGAGGUGAAUCGGCACUCGAAGAAGUAAAUCAACUACCCAACUAUGAUAGGGUGUUUGCCAAGGAACUCAAUAGGAGUAUUGAGGUGGAAUUCGACGAAAGCAUUCUUCGUUGGCACAUUGCCACUGAUAUUUGCUUUUACUUGGAUGAGGAAAGUAGAAACAGCCAUGAAGAAACUAAUUCACCUUCAGCUAAAAUUAUCGGCAACAAGAAGAAAAUGUGUAGGGAAGUAUCGAAUUAUAUGUUAUAUCUUUUGAUAUCACGUCCAUUCAUGUUGACUGCAGGAAUUGGGCAGAUCAGAUUUGGUGACACAUGUGCUGAGGCCAAGAAAUUUCUCCACAGACAUGAGAAAGUAACCAAAGAAGCUACUGCAUGCAAGAAGUUGGAGGCUGUGCCCAUGGAAACUAGUGUUUCGCCCAUGGACGUGAAAGGGGAUAGAAGCAAAUCUGCGUUGUUUGAUGGAUGUAGGCUUGCAAAGGCAUUGCAGAAGUUGGGUGAAGAGCAGAGGUGGAAGACCGUGAGUCUGGUGUGGAUGGAAAUGUUGUAUUAUGCGGCAAGCCAUUGUAGAGGAUAUUACCACGCCCAGAGACUUAGUGCAGGCGGAGAGCUUCUCACUGUCGUGUGGCUUUUGAUGGCUCAUCUCGGUAUAGGAGAGCAUUACCGAGUAGAAGCAGGCCAUGCUCGAGCUAAGUUGAUUGUUGAAUUGUAAUUUUAUAUAUUCCCAUAAAUUCCUAUGGCUCUAUAAUGGCUGGCAAUAGAAACAUUUUUAAGCCUUCAUUCCCUAUAUUUUAACCUAGGAAAGAGCAUGGGUAGGUUUGGUUCGGUUUCAUGGAAAAACCUGGAACUUAUCAUGUGAAGGUCGGUUCUAAGGUCUGUUUUGGCUUUGGCAGUUCCAGGGUCAAUUCUAAGGUCUACCCAUAGAACCUAUUUUUUCUUUAGUCUCCCCCUUAA